AUGCGCGGGAUGCGGAGAGAAGUGCAAACCCUGUUCCAGAGGAAAACCACACUUCUGCCCCACUCGCAACGCGAAUGCGAUCGGGAUCCACGUGAACGGAGGCUGGGCGGAAUUCGUCCGGGCGAAGGAAUCCAUGGUCCAUCCUUUGCCCUUUUCCCUUCCCCUCAGAAUGGGUUCGUCUCGUCCCGAAUCUCUCGUUUCCACCGAUCGAGAAAAACACUGUGGAUUUCGUGCUUCGGCGACGGAUCGUAUUCGGAAGGAUUCCUGGCCGAGACCCUCUCGUGCGUGUACCACGGUCGGGAGCUGGUGGGGAGGCUCGACCCGGACUCCAAGAUCCUCGUCUUGGGGGGAGGGAUCGUGGGGAUGUUGUGGGCGGCGGUGCUGAAACACGAGGGGCUGCGGAGCAUCGCUCUCACCGACGUUUCUGCGUUCAGACUGAACCAGGCCAGGAAUUCGGGUUUCGUGGAAGAGGCCGUGGAGCCGGGAUCGUUGUCUGGCGAGAACUUCGAUUUGGUCGUGGACUGCUGCGGGAUCCCCCAAGCCGUGGAAGAUGCACUGAACAGAACGAGCAAGGGUGCAGUCAUCGUUCUUUUCGCCUGUCCUCCCUCUUCUGUUCGCAUUAGACUCCGUCUUCUCGACAUGACCACGAAAGGACUGCGGAUCAUCGGAGCUCAGGUGAAUCCCUUCACGUAUGGGAAAGCCGUGGGGCUCCUCGAUGCCAUGAGCAGAUCCGGGUACGUCUACAAGCGUCCAGAAUCUUUCUCGAGUCCGAUCGCCAAAAGUCGAUGGGUUCUGACCCCGGAGCGUUUCGGGCUGAAGGAAUACAAGUUGGCAGAUUUUCGAGCUUGUCUCAAGGAUCUGGCAGAAGGGAAGGUUACCAAGGCCGUUUUCGCCGUCUGCCCUCAACUCGAAUGAAGCUUUGAGGAAAUAUACGUUUUUGUAGAGCGUGUUACAUCUCCUUGUUCUCUUACGAACCUUUAUUUGUCUCCAUUCCUCAUCCCCAUCGGUAC